CAUGCGCACCCAGAUCUACAGCAACAGGCUAUUGUGAAAAAAGGCAAGUCGGAGCAUAGUGCUACAGACUGGUGAAUUUCUUCAGAGUAGCUUGCAGGCACCUGUUAGCACGUCUUAUCCUGAAAGCACAGAACCAAAUCAAAACUAACAAGCAUGGAUAAAAACAGCCGUGACAACAUUUAUGAAACAAUUCAAACUGAAAACGACUAUGAGACUCCGGAUGACCAAUACGAAACUCCUAAAUAUGAGAAUAUAAAUGAAAACAAAAAUGACAACCAAGGUGCUGUGUAUGAACGUCCAACAGACGUGAAGGAUGUAAGCUCCUGCCUUGCGGACCAAACCUACGAGUCAUUGCCAGAGAUGGAUCCUGCGUCUCCUUUGUCCACCGGUUCCCCGGAAUACAUGGACACUCGACAAACUCCGGAUGAGAACAAGCCUCCGUUAAUCCAGGGAAGUGAGAAGGAAGGCGACGACUCAUCCUCGUCUUCUUCCCAUCAGGGCGACGACGAGAAGGAAGGGUUUCAGUCUUCAGUGAGAGGCAUGAAUGAAGACUACGAGUCUUCGUCUCAGCAUAGUGAAAAUGAGAAAGAGCCAUCCGCUUUUCUGAACAUAGAAAGAGCCCGUUCUGGAAGCUCAAGCUCUUCCCAACAAAGUGAACCCGUGGAACAUAACCUGGGUGAAGAAGAAAUGGCGAGUCCCACAGAGGUGGAAGAGGACAACGUUGAUGACGGGAUGCUUAUGGCUUACCGAUUGCCAACAAAGACCGCCGGGACCGACGAAGUCGAUUUCAACAACCAUCAAAUUAUUGACAACAAUAAUAUUGGGGAGACACACAAAGCGGACCCCGAUCAAGCGGAGAUCUCGCUCUUUGUGAAGGCUGGAAGUGAUGGGGAGAGUAUUGGAAACUGUCCAUUCUCUCAGCGACUCUUCAUGAUCCUUUGGCUCAAAGGAGUUGUCUUUAAUGUCACCACAGUUGACCUGAAAAGGAAACCUGCAGACCUGCAUAAUCUGGCUCCAGGAACACACCCCCCUUUUCUGACCUUCAAUGGUGAAGUUAAGACUGAUGUGAACAAAAUAGAAGAGUUCCUGGAGGAGGUCUUAGCUCCACCAAAAUAUCCCAAACUGGCUGCUAGACAGAGGGAGUCAAACACAGCUGGGAAUGAUAUUUUUGCCAAAUUCUCAGCAUACAUCAAGAACACAAAGCCAGAGGCCAAUGAAGGUCUGGAAAAGGGUCUGAACAAGGCUCUGAAGAAGCUGGACAAUUAUCUGAACAGCCCUCUCCCCGACGAGAUUGAUGCCAACAGCACAGAGGACGAGAAGACUUCAAAUCGCAAGUUUCUGGACGGAGACGAUUUGACACUCGCUGACUGCAACCUCCUGCCAAAACUCCAUAUAUUGAAGAUCGUUGCGAAAAAAUACCGGAACUACGAAAUUCCAACGGAAAUGACAGGAGUGUGGCGGUACCUGAAGAACGCUUAUGACCGUGAUGAGUUCACAAACACCUGUGCGGCAGACAAAGAAAUAGAGCUAGCUUACUUGGAUGUGGCAAAGAGGCUUUCAAAGUAAGGCUUAAGAACAAAGCCAUUCAAGUGGUACUCAUAGGACAUAAAUCCCUGCAAUCUGGCUGCUGUUGCCUUUUUCUUUCAAGUGGCAUCACCAUUUAUCAGUAUCAUUAUCUGUAUUGGCUGGGACAAAUCUUAUGCCACUAGCGCCUCUGUUGUCAAAGAUAUUUCUUUUCCAGGAAGUUUCAUGUCUGUCGUCCUUCUUUUCACAGAUGUGCAAUAUUUGCUGACCUUAAUGUAAAGCUUUAGUGCUUCUUUUGAGAAUUUCAUUUGAUUGAAAAUAUCACACAGUCGCAUGACAAGCUAGCCACUCAAGCAAUAGCUCGGAUUGGGUGCCACAAUUAAUAAAUUAUUAUUUUUUUACAAAUUUCCAAGUUUUGCUCCUUCAUGUGGCUUGUAAGGUUCAGUAUAAUAAUCAACUUAAAAAAAACGUAUAUCUGCACAAACCCAUCAUUCAGACACGUUCAGACAGUGUUACUUCAUUACUUCAUACUUUUUCUUAGAACUGUCCAUUCUUGCUCAGGUAUAGUACUUCUAAAUACUAAAAAUAUUAUUAGUUACUUACAAAUGUACUAAUGUACUAAUGAUUUAAAAUCCUGAGCAAUCCUUUACCUUUGUCAUUUGGCCAUUUGGUGUGUAGUCCCUUUGACCAUAAUUGCCUGAAAAUAUUAUUUAAACAAUCAUGUCUAGCAAAUUACAUAUUUUUUUAAAUAUACAGUAAACAAUUAGAGUUCUUAAUUUUUUCCUCUUAAAUCUGUUGUUAUUUACAUUUAACCACUGAAAACUUAAACCCUAACUGUCUUUGUACUCAGGGUAAACAUUUGUUCUUAUAUAAAUAAAGAAAUUACAUUUGUUAGGAGUGUGAAAGUCCAAAUUGAUAUAAGCUUCAAUAAUUAAAAUAUUAACAUAGUAUCCAAGUAUAUUAGUGUAUUGAUUGUCACUUGUGCAAAGUAUUGUGUCCUAGAAUAUAGUUCUGAAUAUAGUGGCUUGUGCAAUUUCACUGACAUGACUCAUUAGCAAUGUAUAACUCUCAAGAUAGGAGCGCUUGAAUUCUAGAAUCUAGAAUUCUUAUGUCUAAAAAUACAAGUGAAGUGAAUAUGGAUCUUUUAAAUUCCAGUGUAGAGACAUUACACCUGGUCACCUGGACACUAAUGUAGAACCUAUGCUCAAAGUAUUACACAUGUUGGUAGGUCUAUACAGUAUGUGAAAGCUGUAACCAAAUCACAUGGUGCAGCUUCAUUUUACACAAAUUAUAGUUACUACAGUAUUUAAGAUUACUAAAAAUCUGGAGGCCAGGACAAUCAGCAUCCAGACUAUUGUUUAACAGCUUUGCUGCAAUAAUGCUGAUGCUGUUUGUGAAACAAUGUAAGUCCAGUCUGAGCUUUGUCAUGUUAGUUUUCUGUGCUCAAUUUAGGGAUUUUAUUACAAUCUGCAGCAUUUUUUCCAAACGCUAUUCUAUGAGUCUAGCUAUGACCACUAAAAUACAACACCUGGAUAUUUUGUACUUACAGCAGAUGAAAUAUUAUUGCCUACAUUGUUAGUGUUUAGCUGGUGGUAUACCAAACACAUUUCAUUUAUUAGAACCAGUGCUUGAAAUGACCUCUGUUUUGUUUCACAUUCUACCUCUGCUGCAGUCAAGAUUUUCUUUCUGAGGCCUGACCACCUGUGCGUUUUGUUGAUAGUCUGGGGACUCACAGGUCAAGACAGCAAAAGAGCAAAUUCACCAAUAAAAAAAUGUAUCUUUACCGUUCAAUUGUGUUACUUAGGUUAUGUAAAAAAAAUUGGGAAAUUCUCAUGUUUUUAAAUUGGUUGUUAAAAGUUAGGUUUCAGGAGGCAAGAAUAAGCUUAGUGCAAGACAGCAAAAGUGAUGAAUUGCACACAUCUGUAAUGAUAUGCACCGUCUAAAAUUGUCAUUGUAAAUGUUAAGGUAAAAUGGCAAAACCAUUCAUACUGUACAUAAGGUUUAGUAGUGGAGCUGACAUGUCUGUCUCAAUUCAGAAACAAUUAUUUGAAUUAUUUUUAAAAAUGGGGAAGGAGGAAUAUGCAGGAGUUAAACUGACAUCCCUCUACUUGAUGGUGACUUUUUCUUUUUGAUUAAAAGCGUCAUGCAAUCAGAAUUUGUCUUAAAUUCUGGCAAGCUCCAGCGCAUUAGGUUUAAAGGUGUAAGUCACUGGCUGAAAAUCAUGGUAAUCUGCACCAAUUAUGCCAGUAACGACUCAGGUUAAGUAACUGAGAAUGUGGUUAGAAUGAAAGUCUGGAACGGAGACACCCAAUGUACAUAUAGCAGAACAAAACUUUAGUGACAGAUGCAAACACUGUUUAUCUAAUAUUAUAUGGUUUUGAUAUUUUUUCGUUAAUGUCUUUUAUGUGCUUAGUUUUCUCAAGGUUUGUCCCAGACCAGGAUUUUUUCUUGCAUAUAUUAUUUUGAGCAAACGGAAAGUUGAUAGUAACUUUGUCAAUGGUCAUGAAGUCAGUUCUUAGGGAAUUCUCUGCUGUGAACCUCUUGGUCACUGAAGAUAUAGAUAUAUUGAAAAUCAUCGUUUUCAACAAGCUGCGCUAACAAACAUGCAGUCCCAUUGAAACUGCGCCAGACAUUUUACAGAAAUACUGAGGAAGUAUUGCUUGGUGGUAUAAACAAACUGUAGAUACAAUAUACACAUCAUUUAUGUGUACACACAGUAUUAGGAACAGUGCUUACAUCAUACAUUAUGUAAUGUUUUGUAUUUAGCCAAUUAUAAAUUAAUUAAAAUUGAUCUCUUAAUGAAAAAAUAAAUGCAAAUAUGAUAGUGUAGUGAUUUUUUUCCAAUGGUCUUUACCUUUUCUUCUAUUCAAUUUAUUGGAUUUUAAAAGUAAAAACAUUUUCCAGUCUAAAUAUUUAUUAUACUUUACAAACCUUUUGGUCAACAAUUUAUUUUAAUAAAAAUCUAUAACAUAAUUGUGUGCUGAGAAUUUUGCACACUACUAUAGUAUAAAUACUGUACUGUGCACUACAUAUAUACAUAUCACAUUUGUAAAAUGACUAGAAAUCAUAGGAAAAGUAAAUACUAAUUAAUAUUGUGUGGUCCAAACUUAAUAAUGUUUUGUGGAAAUGGUGUAUGUUGAAUUGGGCAGAAAAUGUAAACACGUCAAGCUCUACUAGUAAAACUUUAAGCAUGAUUUCUCAUGACGAGUGAAACAGCACCAUCUACUGGCAGAAAUAUUUAUCACUAAUCCUCACAGUUGCUUCUCUGUGAUGAGUUCAUGUUCACGUUGUCCCUGAGUAAGGUAGUUUCUAUACCCACCCUAUGAAUGGCUAAAGAUUUGUAACGAUGUUAACGUUCGAAAACACCUAAAAAGUAGUAUCAAGGUAAAAGCUGAUGAAUAACUGAUGAUGAGUAAUUGUUUUUAAAAGUACUCCAAUAUAAGUUUUGUGAGAUAUAAAAAUAUAAAUAAAAUCACUUAACCAAAACUAAAAUAAAAGUGUUAUUUUGGUACUACAGUAUAUAUUGUAGAACUGGUGUAAAGACAGACUAAAAACAGUGAAAUUAUAGAACUAUAUUACUGCAAUAAAUCCCUCAUGUCUCCUUCCCCUACUCUCCUUUAUUGCUGGAACUGUCAAGAUUCUCGUGUUUGUAGUGUCAAGUGUUGAUCAGAUUCUGUUCAUAGAUAGAUUAGUGUAACAGUUCUGUUGCAGCUGUAAUUUGUUAAGAAUUGUGACUUGAGCCUUCCUUUGUGCCAGGGUACAUGAUGUCCAUAAGAAUUUAAAAUUCCAGCAAUACAUAUGUUGAUAUAUGAACCAUCGAAUCUUCUGAAACCAGCAGUAAUUAUUUUGCUAAAAAAUGCUGUUCUACAGUAGGGGGUGCUUUUGAUUUACUGUUCAUGGAUGGUUCAAUUAAACUGUUGUGCUGAUCCAGCUUCAGGUCACUACAACUAAGAUACACUAAGGUUUCUGAAGACCGUCCUUCAGAAUUCUGUCCUGAAUUGUACACUCCCACCUAAUUGAUGGAUAUGUGAACAGAAAUGGAAAUGCAAACAAUUCAGGGAAGCUCGAAAUUGUCUUUCAGACUACACUGACUGCUGCUGAAAUAAAAGUGUCUAUUUUCACUAAAAGGAA